AUGGCUGCCGCUGCACCACCACCGUCGUCACGUAUAGAUACGCCAUCACCGGCCGUCAUCUCACCACAUAUCAAUGGUGUUGUUCUCGAGGGCCCAGCUGCUAGAGCCAAUGCAACAGCAAACGGUGGCCACGGAGGCGCCUCUCCUGCAGCCAUGCAACCCCCGCGCCCGCCGCCUCUGCCGCACACGCAGCCGGCGCUGAUGAGACCCGGCAUGGUAUCCCCGGCCAACACGAUGUCGACGCCCGCAUCCCAUACGUUUCCCGAAUCGCCGCAACAGCAGGGCCCCUCGCUUUCACCCGCGUUUCGGGACCGGACACCCUCCACGCACAAUGGAAAGAUUGCCAUUGUCGAGCCACCGUCCCAGGCCAAUUCUCAUCGUAGCAGUGGUGGCGGCGAGGGAGGCGGCGCAUCCUCAGGAUUUCCUUCUCCGACCCGUGAACCUCAGCGGGUCAAUCCCAAGUUCCACGAGGACCUAUCCAGACUCACACAUGCCAUCCAACAGUCUGUUCCUGAAGCUGUUCGUCGAGUGACUCGAGAGAAUUGGGAGAAAACGCUCCUUGGCACUGAUUUCCAUCAAGCGUUCGUGAUGAACGCCACGAUCCAUCAGGCCAGCGGCGCUGCCGCAAAACGAGCCAUUAAAGACUUUGGUGGCAAGAUGGUGGCCUCUGCGAAGCACGAAAUUAUAGAGCACUUCACUGUCAAGGAUCUAGACGAAGUUGCCGAUGCCAUCUUGGCCAAAGUAAGCGAUGGCUUUCUUGACAAAGCACUGGAGAAGAGGCUCGCUACAAUCGACGCGCGUUCUCUCAUCAAUGCGCUGGCACGAGCGGAGCGACUGGGCUACGAAAAUAACGAUUCCAUGGACGAAACAGGAGCACAGGGCCAAGUCCCGAAUCAACAGGCUCAACCACAGCCGAACUUAACCCAUCUUGGCCCUGCGAACCCUCUUGCAGCACAUCCAGUAAACCAGACCCAUGCUCCUGAUCUCCAAUGCCACCUGUGUUGGCGGAAAUUCAAAGCCGUCUCGGCUUAUGAUUAUCAUGUCAAGAAAAAGAUUUGCACAAAAGAACCUCCCUCAUCGUCAACAGGUUUCGAAUUCUCAUGCGAGCAUUGUGGUGCUGGCUUUAUAACAAAUGUCGGCCAGCAAUAUGUGAGUGUCACAACAAAAUCUCCUCAGCUAGCUCUAACAGAUAAAAAGCAUCAUGCAAACAAAGUCUGCGGCGAUCAUGGAAUGGCUGCUGCGACGCCAAAGCCAAGCCCUCACGUGGUAACAUACAACAGUAACAACAAAAAUAUCCCGGCAGUUACCCCCGUGCCGGUGCCCAUGCCUCAGCUCAACUCAUCACAGCCAGUUCCUACAAGGCCUAAUUUCUCACAACCAGGACCGCCGCCAACCCACCAUCAACAACAUGCAUUGUCCACGCCAAUAUCUCAAGGACAGAAACGCACUUAUACACCUCAGAGCCAAGGCACGCCAGGACCGCCGUCAUCAACUGUCGAGCUUCAUCUCGGCGACCCGUACGCGCAUUUGACACCUCAAGAUCGUGCAAACUUGGAAGAGGAGCUUCGCCAAGCGGAAGAGCUCCAUGCUCCCCGUUUCAAGGAGGCUGAAGCUAUCGAAGAUCCAGUUGUGCGUGCGGCAAAGCUUGACAGCGUCAAAAAUGUCUUCAGCACCAGGCAGAGUCUCAUCAGAAAGAGAUACGGCGUCCGCCUACGCGUACGCCGUUCGAAAGCAGUGCUUGAGGCAGAGAAAUCCCGAAUGGCAGCAUUAGCUGACACGCCUAGUGCUAAGCGUCAGCGUACCGAUUUCGUGCAUGCAGGUACUCCGUUAUCGAAUGGUACUGGGCAAGCUAUGAGCUUGACUCCUCCUGCCUCCAUAUUACCGCCUCUUCAACCGCCUGCAUUACAGCCUCCAAGGGCAGCCACUGAGCCAACAUCCAAGGUCAACAUACCAGAGACCAACAACAAUACUUUGGGAGUUGACAGCUCCGAAUCCAUAGCAGCAACAGCAGACUCGAAGCCAGCAGCAAUAUUGCCUCCCACUCGUAGUCUAUCAUCAAUGAAACGGAGUGGCUACCGUAUUAGCACGCACACAUCACGCCACUCAACGUCUGCUACGUGUACUCCGGACCCGAUGGAAUUGGAGACUCGUCCAAAUGCAGCCAGCACUGACUUGGGAAAGAGUGUAUCACAUUCACCAAUGCCCCAACGUGGUAAAUCGGCAGCUGAGCCUGUCCUUCUCGACGAUGACUCGAGCUCAACAGAUACCGACUCGGAGUCGGAUUCUGAUGAAGAUAUUCCCGCCCAGAUUACCUCGGGCCCACGAGCCGUGGAUGGUUCCAAAGCAGGUUGA